AUGCAUUUAAAGGGACUAAUGGAUUAUAACUAUUUUUUAGGUUUAGAAGUUUUACAAAAUUUUGAUAUUGUUAAUUACCUUAUAGCAGGUAUUGUGUUAUUAGCUCUUAUACUUGCGGUUUUUAAUGAAGACGCUUCAGCAGGAUCUCCAAGAUUAUCUUGGGUAUUAGGAGAAUUUCUACCUAUACAACAUUCCAUAUUUGCUUUAAAUUCUAAUGUAGAAAAGAAACUGUUUCGAAAAAGGAGUAGCAAAAUAUACACAUUUAUCACAUGUUUAUAUAAUUUAUUUCUAGAAUUAAAAAAUUCCAUAACAGAAGGUAAUUUUAUUAUGUUAGUUAAGGAUUGGUUUUUAAAAGUAUUCAAUAAAAUAAUAUUAUAUAAAAAUUUGUUUUUAUUAAAAUAUCGAUCACAAUCCAAAAGACAUUUAUUUUACAUGUUAGUUAAACAAAAAUAUAAUUUACCUAUUCAAAAGGAGGAAAAUGAAAUGCAAAGUUAUUUAGAUGCAAAAAGAGAAUUGAUUCGUUUAAAUCGAUGGUCUUUUAUGUGGAGAGUUUCAAAUGUGAAAAAUGAAUUUCUUCUAUGUGAGAAAAGAAAAGCUAGACCUAUAUCAUCUUAUUCUUACUUAGAUUUUAUAAGAGAACCUUUAGUACAAAAUAAUGCAAUACAGGCUGCUAUGGAAUGGUCUACUGGAAAUCAUGGUCCUAGAAUGCUAGGGGGAAAUAGUCAGAUAUUAAGAGACUUAGAAAAAGUUGUAGGAAACUUUUUUGGUAGAAAUGAUUCUAUUUUGGCUGUUUGCGGAUUUUUAGCUUGUAUGUCUGGAAUAGUUGCAGUAGCAACACAUGAAGAUAUUAUAUUAUAUGACAGCAGGACACAUGCAUGUGUAAAAAUGGGAAUACAAAUAUGUGGAGCUAAAGCAUAUUCGUUUAAACAUAAUGAUUAUAAUCAUUUAGAAGUAUUAUUAAUAAAAUAUCGAUAUAAAUAUAGAAAUUGCUGGGUAUGUAUCGAAUCUGUAUAUUCAAUGGAUGGUGAUAUACCACAUUUACCAACCUUCAAAAAAUUAUGUAUACAACAUAAAGCUAAAUUAUAUGUAGAUGAAGCACAUGGUUUGGGUGUUUUAGGAAAAACAGGAAGAGGAAUAGAAGAACAUUUUAAUAUGCCAGGUACAGCUGAUAUUAUUGUAGGAACAUUUAGUAAAUCUAUUGGUGGUGUCGGUGGAUAUAUUGUAGCAUCAGAUGAAGUAAUUGAAUUUUUAGAUUUUCAUUGUAUUGGUAAUGUUUUUUCAGCACCUUUACCAGCUUAUUGUGCCGGAGGUGCAUUAAAAGCUUUCGAAUUAAUAGAUACUCAACCAUGGAGAAUUCAAAAACUUAAAUUUAAUACUAAAUAUUUAAGAAAUGGUUUAAAAACUGGAAUGGGACAUUGGCCUAAGGAUUAUCCUGAAUCUUAUAAAUAUAUUAUUGAAGGCGAUGAUGCUACAAGUGUUAUACCUGUAAUCUUUCCAAAUGAUCCUGAUCGUUUGUUUAAAAUAUGUAACCUUCUAUUAAAAAUGAACUGGAUGAUUUCUGCUGUUGUUUAUCCUGCUUGCCCAUUAAAAUAUCCACGUUUUAGGGUUACAGCAACAUCUGCUUAUACAAUUGAAUAUAUGAAUGAGUUUAUUUCGGAUAUUGUGCGUGCUACAGUUAGGGUUAAACCUUCCCCCCUCGAUACGCAACUGAUCAUAUAA